AUGGUCGAAACCAGACGUAGCUCCUCCUCUUCCAAACGCUCCCUUCCUCCCUCUUCUCCUCCUCCCUCUUCCAAAAGAUGCAAAGCUGCUGUGGCGGCUUCUGCAUCAGAGGUGUCAUCGUCGACCAGCGAUGCACAGCUACCAGUACUGCCGGCAGAAACUACAAGUCCGGAAAAGGAAUCCGGGUGUGUACCACCCGAGCUAGAUCCGCAGGCUACUAAGCCAGAAGAAGAUAAAUCCGCUGAUGCUCAAGGCGAGGAAUUGGUGUCCUUAGAUGAAAUUACAGCCGGAGAGAAAUCCAAGACUGCAGUAGUGCUGAAUAAGUCAAAGAAGCGACUACCAAAAUCGGCAAAAUCCAAUGCCAAGGUUGCAUGGGGCCAAUUAUUGUCACAAUGUUCACAGAUUUUUCAGCAGCUAACAAGUAAUAGCUUAAGCCCUCCAGGCUUGCCUUCUGUGAGCAUUUUAGAAGCCCAUAGUGCUCCUAUAAAAGGGAUUCAUAUUGAGGCAAGGUCUAGAGAUCCCUCAGAUUAUGCAGGCGCAUCAAUAUUGGCUUCUUUGUCACAUCUUCUUCCACCGGCUGCCAAAGCCGGCGAAGAUGUGCAGCAAAGUACAGAGUUCUCCACCUUACCGUCUGGCUGUGAAGCGUCUGAAGAUCGUAUUCCAGAUGUUGAAAUGAAGGAUGGCACAAGCAAUAAUGAUAAUGCUGAUGUUUCUCCAAGGGAUAAAACUGUUGUUCCUUCCUCCAAUGCUGCCAAAGAAAAUGCUAAUGUUGAUAGCAUGAGAUUGGGUGCUUGUACGAAUGCAGUUGUUGGAAGGAUUCCAAAUUCAACUUAUGAAUUAAAGCCACUGUUGCAGAUCCUUGCUGGUUCAUCUUCUGAAUUUGAUAAAAUUUUUGAUGAGAAGGAAAGGAGAGAAAUCCUCAAGGAUCUAGAUCCUCUACCAGUUCUGAUGUCCACUAGACGGCAAUUGUUCAAGGAUAGUUUACAAAAAGGAAUUCUAAAUCCUGAAGAGAUUGAAGUCUCAUUCGACAGUUUCCCAUAUUAUCUAAGGUGCACAUUUUCAUUUGUCAAGUAG